CCUCCUCCCCGCCUGCGGCCGCACGCGCAUGCGCGGUUAGCAGUCGCUGCUGGGCGGCCGCCGGCGGGAGUGGUCUGGGGAGACUUAGGGAGCAAGUGGCAGCCACUCGGACAUCUGAGCUGCCACUGCCGAAAACAGGCCCCCAAGACAGAUAAUCGAUAUGCGUUUCCAAGGCUUUUGGCUACGUUUCGGUCUUCUAUUCGUUUCAAUUCAUGCAGAAUUUUUGGAUGAUGGGGUUGAGAUGGAAGAUUUUGAUGAAAAGUCAGAAGAGAAUGUUGUCAAUGAAGGUAGACUCUCCUCAGAGAUUAAAUAUAAGACACCUCAACCUAUAGGAGAAGUAUAUUUUACAGAAACUUUUGAUAGUGGAAGACUGGCUGGGUGGGUCUUAUCAAAAGCAAAGAAAGAUGAUACAGAUGCGGAGAUUUCUAUAUAUGAUGGAAGAUGGGAAAUAGAAGAAUUAAAAGAAAACCGAGUACCUGGUGACAGAGGACUGGUAUUGAAAUCCAGAGCCAAGCACCAUGCAAUAUCUGCCAUAUUAGCAAAACCCUUCAUUUUUGCUGAUAAACCUUUGAUAGUUCAAUAUGAAGUAAAUUUUCAAGAUGGUAUUGAUUGUGGAGGUGCAUACAUUAAACUCCUAGCAGACACUGAUGGUUUGAAUCUGGAAAACUUUUAUGAUAAAACAUCCUAUACCAUUAUGUUUGGACCAGAUAAAUGUGGAGAAGAUUAUAAACUUCAUUUUAUCUUCAGACAUAAACAUCCAAAAACUGGAGUUUUUGAAGAGAAACAUGCCAAACCUCCUGAUGUAGACCUUAAAAAGUUCUUUACAGACAGGAAGACUCAUCUUUAUACCCUUGUGUUGAAUCCAGAUGACACAUUUGAAGUAUUAAUUGAUCAAAUAGUUGUAAACAAAGGAAGCCUGCUAGAGGAUGUGGUUCCUCCAAUCAAUCCUCCCAAAGAAAUUGAAGAUCCUGAUGAUAAGAAACCUGAUGAUUGGGAUGAAAGAGCAAAAAUCCCUGAUCCAUCUGCCGUCAAACCAGAAGACUGGGAUGAAAGUGAACCUGCCCAAAUAGAAGAUUCAAGUGUUGUUAAACCUGAUGGCUGGCUUGAUGAUGAACCCAAAUUUAUUCCAGAUCCUAAUGCUGAAAAACCUGAUGACUGGAAUGAAGACAUGGAUGGAGAAUGGGAGGCACCGCGUAUUUCUAAUCCAGCAUGUCGGAUUGGGUGUGGUGAGUGGAGACCUCCCAUGAUAGAUAACCCAAAAUACAAAGGAGUAUGGAGACCUCCAAUGAUAGAUAAUCCUGACUACCAGGGAAUCUGGAGUCCUCGAAAAAUUCCUAAUCCAGAUUAUUUUGAAGAUGAUCAUCCAUUUCUUCUCACCUCUUUCCGUGCUCUUGGUUUAGAGCUUUGGUCUAUGACCUCUGAUAUCUACUUUGAUAAUUUUAUUAUCUGUUCAGAAAAGGAAGUAGCGGAUCACUGGGCUGCAGAUGGUUGGGGAGUGAAAAUAAUGGUAGCAAAUGCUAAUGAGCCUGGUAUAUUUAAACAGUUAAUGGCAGCUGCUGGAGAGCGCCCCUGGCUUUGGCUCAUUUAUCUUGUGGCAGUGGGACUUCCACUAGCAUUACUUACUUCAUUUUGUUGGCCAAGAAAAGUAAAGAAAAAAUAUGAACAUGCAGAGUAUAAAAAAACUGACAUAUGUAAACCGCAAACCAAGGGAGCACUGGAGCAAGAAGUGAAGGAGGAGAAGGCAGCCCUGGAGAAGCCAGUGGACUUGGAAGAGGAAAAAAAACAAAGUGAUGAUGAAAUUCUUGAAAAAGAAGAGGAAGGUGAACCUGAGGAAAAGAGUGAAGAAGAAAUUGAAAUCAUAGAAGGACAAGAAGAAGGUAAUAAAUCAAAUAAGUCUGGAUCAGAGGAUGAGAUGAAAGAAGCAGAUGAAAGCACAGGAUCUGGAGAUGGGCCAGUGAAGUCAAUACGCAAAAGAAGAGUACGAAAGGAGUAAACUAUAUUCAAGUAUUUUUAAUUCCCGAGAGGAGAUUUGGAUUCUAAAAUCAUUUGCCAGACUGAAUUUGAAUCAAUCUGCACAUCUUGUUUCUAACAUCUAGCAAUGUUAUUCUUUCAGACAUUUACUUUAGUCUUUCUUUUUAAGAAAAAAAACUUUGAAGUUACCUGGUCUUUGAAUUUAGAAUAAAAGCAAGUGGCACGUUACAUAUCAGAUUUAAGAGAUUAAUAUCAUUAGAAGUUACACAGUUUUAAUAGUUUGGAGAAAGUUUUGGUUUGUACAGAGCGAAAUAAUAUGCAGCAGCUUCACUGCUAUUGGAAAAAUCAGUUCUUGGAAUUUCCUCUUAAACGGCUAUGCUACAAUAUAACUGGUAGCUCUCUGAUAAAAAUGAGAGUAUGUUCUGUUGUACAGAGCUAAAUGCAAUAAAGUUUCUGUAUGGUUAUUUGAUUCUAUCAACAA